CCUGAUAUGGUAACGAAUAAAAAUAUGAUGCGUUACAUAAAAAACAAUUCUAUUGAAACGAAAAACGAAAACGUGUGUGAGUUGCAUGUAUCAUAUUUAUUUUAUAUAUUCAUAAAAACGGCUAGUUUUAAAUUUUCCUAUUUAAAUUAUCGCCAAAGCAAAAUGUGCAGUAAUCGACGUCAACCCAAGCGGUUUCAUUGA